AUGGCUGGUCCUUCUCCGUCACCGCACAAGCCUCGUCGCAAGGCUAACACCAAGAAACCUGGCAAUGGCAAUGGCGGCAGCGAAAAGGCCCCUCGCACAGAAGCCCUAGUACGGGCGCCCGCGUUCCCUCUUGCGGCGUUUCUGUGGCCUGCGCGGACUUCUUUGUCGCAAUGGGAGGUUCUACCCGUAAUUCUCAUGGUGGUCGGUCUUUUUAGAUGGGCUGCUGGUCUGUGGGGAUAUUCUGGGUUCAGCAAACCGCCCAUGUUUGGAGACUACGAAGCGCAGCGGCAUUGGAUGGAGGUCACGACACAACUUCCCAUAUCGCAAUGGUAUUUCCACGAUCUCCAAUGGUGGGGUCUCGACUAUCCUCCCCUGACUGCCUACCACAGCUGGCUCCUCGGCAAGAUUGGCUCUCUCAUCGAUCCCUCGUGGUUCGCGCUCUUCACCUCUCGAGGAAACCAGGACCCCAACCUCAAGAUCUUCAUGAGGGCGACAGUCAUCAUCUCAGAGUACCUCAUCUACGUCCCAGCCGCGAUUGUCUUCGUGCGACGAUAUAGCAGACUUCAGGGGGUCACCAACUGGACAGCAUGGCUUGCGCUCGUCGCGAUCCUGAUGCAGCCUGCCACCAUUCUUAUUGACCAUGUUCACUUCCAGUACAACACCGUUAUGCUCGGAUUUGUCAUGGCGAGCAUGUCGAGUAUGCUGGCUGAGCGCUACAAGUGGGCAGCUGUCUUCUUCGUUGGCGCGCUGGGAUUCAAGCAGAUGGCUCUGUAUUAUGCCUUUAGCGUCUUCUCCUAUCUUCUCGGCCGCUGCGUCUACCCCCGACUUAACUUUACUAGGCUCUUUGGAAUCGGCCUUGUGACAGCUGUUUCUUUUGCUAUCCUAAUCCUGCCUCUGGUUCUUGGUACACUCUACGACAAGAGCCAGGGCAUCGAUCCUCAUGGAGACUCCAAGGAUUCUCCUUCGCUUCCCCUAUUUCCUCAGCUUGUCGAUAUUCUAGACACCAAAGCCUUUUACUGGCCUAUUGUGGAACAGUUGGUUCAGAUGGUUCACCGUGUCUUCCCAUUUGCGCGUGGUUUGUUUGAGGACAAGGUCGCCAAUUUCUGGUGCGCCGCCAAUGUUGUUAUAAAGCUCCGACAGUGGCCAACAGCUCUUCUUCAAAAAGCAGCUCUUGGGGCUACUCUUGGUUCGAUCAUUCCACCUAACAUCAUCCUCUUCCUGCGACCACGAAAGUCCACACUUCCUUUGGCUUUCGCUGCCACAGGUUGGGGUUUCUUCUUGUUCAGCUACCAAGUGCACGAGAAGAGUGUCUUGCUUCCAUUGAUGCCCAUGACCUUACUUCUGGCUGGAAAGCACGGGUUGAACAAGGACACACGAGCUUGGGUGGGCUUCGCCAACCUCUUGGGAGUCUGGACUAUGUUCCCUUUGCUCAAACGGGUCGACUUGAGAGUUCCAUAUGCGGUUCUGACCCUCCUCUGGUCCUACUUGCUAGGUCUCCCACCGACCUCUUUGAGCGCCUACUUCCAGGAAGGUCAAGCUGCCUGGUUGCAAUGGUGCACAGCAUUACUGCAUCUGCUGUUCUAUGUCGCCAUGGGCGCGUGGCAUGUUCUUGACACAUUUGUAACACCUCCUGCUGAUAAGCCCGACCUCUGGGUCGUGGCAAAUGUUGGAAUUGGUGCUGCAGGUUUCAUUAUCUGCUAUCUUUGGUGCUUCUUCAAGCUUAUCCAAGAGAGCGACCUACUGCCCGGAGGCUCAACAAGUAAGAAGGAUAAAAAGAGCAAGACCUUGUAG